GUUCAAACUAACUGAACGAAAUCAGUACGCCACGGUGCCUCAAACAUUACAUGACUUGUUCGCUAACGAAAAAUCGAAGAUUCUUUAUCAAUACGGCAUUGUUUAUUUUGUUAAUAAAAUAAAAAGUUACAAGUAAGAGUGGUAUCGGAUUUAGUGCAGUGAGCAAAGUGAGUGAAUGAGGUAAAACGUUGUGUUCUAAGUACACAAGAUGGUAUUCAAGUGCAGUGUUGUUCUGUUUCUGGGAAUGAGUAUUGUUAUAAUAUUGUAAAGGCUGCUGAGCCAGUAGCUGUUUGACGAUCGCCCGCGUGAUCGCGCAUGAUGCCGCAUGAGCGAGCGCCUGCCGCCGCCGCCGCGCCGCUCGCUCGAUGCCGCGCCGCAAACGCCGGCUCGCGGCGCGCGCCCGCGACUGCGCGCGGCAGCUGCUCGCGUUCCUCUUCAGCAACGUCGGAGUCAUAGUUCUGGUCGUCGUCUACACUAUAGCCGGUGCCUUCAUGUUUCAAGCCAUAGAAGGUGCGGGCGAGAUGGAGAGAGAAAACCAGAUGAUGCGUGAGCGAGACAACACCGCUCAGUACCUCUGGCAGAAUGUCACACUGACGCUCAAUCUGUUUAAUGAAACUGAACUGAAGCGAAGGAUCAGUCUGGAGCUCCAGAAAUACCAGGGCAAGGUGGUGUUCGCGGUCCGGCGCGGCUGGGACGGUGGCCGCUCCUCGCGCCAAUGGAGCUUCUCCUCCGCAUUCCUCUACUCACUCACCGUCAUCACUACUAUAGGGUACGGGCACCUGUCGCCGCGUACGGACUGGGGGAAGGUAGUGACAGUUCUGUACGCGCUGCUUGGGAUGCCCCUGUUCCUGCUGUACCUAAGCAACGUCGGGGAACUCCUGGCGCGGUGGUUCAAAUGCCUAUACGCAUUAGCAUGCCUCUGCAGAGGAUGUCCUGGAUUCACACGACGCCGCGUCGCCAGGCUGCGGACCCAGAUAGAAACCAGCGAGGCUGAGAGUAUAGAGCGGCCUGUGCAUUGGAGAUCACGACAUUCAGACUCUGACUACACACCUGACAGGCGAGAUGCGAGGCUAGACACAAUAGCGCCGUACAGGAGACCAGAUGGUUACACCAUACCAUCGUACAGAAACCCACAGCAUUACCUCUCACCAUACAGAAUACCAGAUACCCACUCACAAUAUUACAGAAGGUCUGACCACAUACCUUCUUAUAGUAGACCGGAAGACUACACCUUACCUAGAAGACUGGAGUAUGCUCCUCCUUAUAGAAGACCUGAUGGUUCGUGGGUGGAAAGGCGUCGGUCUCAGGAAUCCAGUCCAGGGAUGAGUGACUUCAGUUAUGUCACUUUCGACGCGCAAACUAUAACUGUGCCUAUCAGCGUGUGUGUCUUCAUUAUGGUGGGUUACAUAAUAUUCGGAUCAAUGAUCUUCGGCAUGUGGGAGAACUGGGAUCAGCUCGACGGAGCGUACUUCUGCUUCAUAUCACUUACCAGUAUCGGGUUCGGCGACUUCGUCCCCGGCGAGCGCGUGUACUCGGCGCGCAUCGAGCCGUCGUUCAUCGUGUGCUCGCUCUACCUCAUGCUGGGGAUGGCGCUCGUCGCCAUGUGCUUCAACCUCAUGCAGGAGCAAGUGAUCUAUUACGUUGCUGGACUGAGACGUGCCCUGAAACGUAUUUGCCGAUGUUGCAAAAGAUGACAAUAAUUAUAAGCAGAAGAAUUUAUGCGGUUGUGUUCAAAUAUAUCCCUAAUAUACCUA